AUGCCUCUCAUGCCUUUCUCAGACAGCACCCUCAUCGCCAAGCCACAACCAACAGCAACACCACGACCACCACAUCCGCACCCGCUUCGAUCACACCGUUCCUCAGAGAACUUCUUGGCCCAACAGUCUUCGCAGCCGAACACCCUCAAUGACCUCGAUCCGUUCCGCACCACGAUCAACUUCAGUCGAGCCUACCUCCCGAGAAGAACCCUGCGUCGAAGAUCAAGGCAUGUCUCUUUCUCUGGAGAGACCUUCCCGUCACCGCAAAUGGCUUCAGCAGUUUUCUCAACUGAGGAGAGACUCGGCUACUCUUCCGGAACAUAUGAGCAACAACAACAACAACGGAAGGACUACCCGGUGAUUCCGACUCGACCGCCAUUGAGACCGACGGUUAGUUUUGGGAGUGUUUCCGUCGCGACUUUUACUUCGCAUGAUUCGAUUUGGGAGGAGAAGGUCGCAAUUGAAAAUCUGCGGUUCGCGGCGAAGGCGAGGAGGAGAGGUUGUUUGGCUGCUGGCAUGGCUUUCUUUGAGCACGUCAGUGGUGGGAGAGAGUAG